AUGACGAGAAAGAAGGUUAAGCUUACGUGGAUAGUGAAUGAUGCUGCGAGGAAAGCUAGCCUCAAGAAAAGGAGAGUCGGGUUGCUGAAAAAAGUGAGCGAGCUAACCAUACUAUGUGGCAUCGAGGCCUUUGUUAUCAUCUACAGUCCAGAUGAGCCCGAACCAGCUGUCUGGCCGUCACGCCCUGAGGCGCAACAACUUCUUAUGAGGUUCCAAAACAUGCCCGACAUGGAGCAUUAUAAGAAGAUGAUGAAUCAAGAAACUUAUCUGAAAGAGAGGAUGGCCAAACUAAAUGACCAGUCCAGGAAGCACCUAAAGAAUAACAGGGUGUUGGAGAUGGCUGGUCUCAUGCAACAUGUUUACCAAGAUAAAGGAUUCGAUGGCUUGGACGAAACUCAAUUGUGUGGUUUAACUUGGUUGGUGGAGGAGAAAAUGAAGGAAAUAAGGAAAAGGGUUGAAUAUUUCCAACAAAUUCCUCCACUCCAGCCAGGUGCAUUCCCACCUGGUCCUUUUCCUUCUAAUCAUCAAGACCCUAAAAAGCAUGAUGGUGGCGACGAUGAUGGAACUAGCGGCCAAGCUGGAGGAGAACCUGGAGAUGGGAGAAACAAUCCAAAAGAUGGUUGUGCAUCAUGGGACCACUGGUUCACUGAUAUAAUAAACAACACUGAACAUAAUGUUGCUGGAGGUAGCAGUGCCAGAAAUGUCUUGGGGCUACCACAUCUAAUUAACUUUACUGGUGUAAGCUCUGGAUGGGGACCUGAUAUUGGAUUCCACCAUGGGCAUAAUGGUGGUGGUGGCAGCAGUUUUAGAGACAUUUUUGGAUUAGGCCUCCCUCAUAGCAGAAAUAUGGGAGGCAUCCGUGAUGGACAUAAUUUUGAUCUGGGGCAGCUGCCUCAUGAAAAUGAAAGUUUAAGAGGCAGCAGUUCUGCAGGUGGAAACAAUUUUGAUUUGAGGCUACCUCUUGGCAGCAAUAUGACAGGAGGUAACAAUGCUGGAAACGGUUUUGAUCAUUGGCUGCCUCGUGACCCAGGAUUUAAUCCAGGAGGUAACAAUGGUGUUGGACGCAAUUUUGAUCUGGAUUUGCCUCGAGGAAAUGAUGUAGGGGGCAAUAGCACUGGUGAAAACAACUUCGACCUGUGGCUGCCUCAUGUAAAUAAUACGGGUCGCAAUAGCGCUGUUGUGAAUAAUGUUGAUCCUUGGCUGGCUCAUGGAGAUAUGGGUGGAGAGAAUUUAGGACUGGGGCUGCUUCCUGGAAGUAAUUUUGCAGGAAGCGGUACUGGUGGAAAUCCUUUUCAUGGACUGCAGGGGAUGCAUCGUCGCGGCCAUAGUGGAGGCGGAGCAGGCAGUGCUAGUGGAAGCGACCUGAGGCCGCCUGGAUCAUUUGGAACUGGUUCAAGUGAUAAUAUAGGGUAGCCAUUUGAUGUUACCAAAAGCUGGCCUCGUAACAACUUCAAUCCUUGAUUUGCAAGGAUUUUCUAGCUUGUGUGUUCGGUCUAAUAAUUUCUUGGAUGUCGGUCUCAUGCAUCCCCCCUCCCCCA